CAUUGGGACCCGCUCUCGACCCGCUUCUUGCCGCUUCCCGAACAUGCAAGCCCGCCCUGGCGGCGGACGACAAGCAAGGAGAGUUCCGCUAGCUUGAAGCUGCAGGUACUCCGGCUUUAAGGAGUUUCGUUCAACAGCUUCGCCGGCACAGGAGACAGCAGGAGGCACCAGGCGCACGCAAGACCGGUGCGAGACAGCGCCCGAACGGUUCGGCAUCAUUCGUAAGUCGGGUUUGCGAUCUCCAUGUUCGUGAACCGGAGAGCGGUUGGCCGAAACCAACGGCUGGCCUGCGCGCGCUACUACGGUACUGCUGAGCACCAGCGAACAACUUGAGCUGGUUGCUUCGAUGGUAUGCAGCCACUGUUUGUAUAUGCGUUCAAGAUCAAGUCAGCCAUUCGAGGAGUCAAUCCACAAUCACGAACUGACGACGGUUGGCCGCUCACGCACCAAUAAAUCGAGUUCUUUGCAGGCUCCCUUUGGUAGUUGAUACUUGAAUUCCUGCUUGCUUCAAUCGUCUCAGGUACUGCCUUUCUCUGGGUCUACUCGCGCGUGUCCUGACACGUUAGUCUUACUUCACGUCUGCGACAACGAGCGGCGUGCGCUGCUCCCCUGCUCCUUCACGCAGAAAGCAUGAGGCGCACCAAGGCUUCGGCCGCGGCUAUUGCUGCUAUCAUGGCGGCCCUCUGCCUGUUGAGCGCUGCAAGCGCGCAGACCACGGUUACUUGCAACGUUGCGACUCCCACCUGUGACUCGAGUGGCACGCCCACUUGCGCUUCCGGCCAGACCGCCGCCUGCGCCAUCGACACCGCCAUCACCGGCACCGGCAUUUCUUGCGAUGCCAGCGGCAACCUGGUGUGUGACCCGGGCACCACGCCCGUGUGCCAGGUCACCGUAACGUCCAGCAAGAGCGAUGAUCCGGCCACAAUCUGCCGCGGCCAGCGUGUCAAGCACUGCUUCAACACCUUCUCCGGCGGCAUCGGCCACACCACCAGCACCGGACCCACCACGCCCGAUACCUCUAAGGUCAUUUCCGAUGCCAAGACCAAGCACGAGUCCAGCCGCGCCCAGACCUGCUCCGACCUCCGCACCUGCACCAACACCCUCACUGGCUCUGGUUCCGGAUCCGUUCCCGGCGUCUACGGCGGAAGUGGCAACAGCAACAACAACGGUCGCCGCCGGCUCUUCCAAGGGUCUAGCGGUGGCAACGGCAACGGCAACGGCAACGGCAACGGCAACGGCAACGGCAACAGCGGCAGCAACAGCGUCCCCCAGACCAUCCCUACCCGCAUGGCGGAUGACCACGCCACCCUUGCCGGUGCCACCCUGUCUGACGACCAGAUCGAUGCCUACUGUGGCCACACGACCAGUCCCACCACCAUCUCCGUUGCGCAGCAGCUGCGCAAGGGUAGCAAGUACGAUGCGUCCCAGAUCAAGACGAGCAAUGGCAAAUCUAUUGGCAACGUUCCUGGUGGCAACGGUGCCAGCAACGGCAAUGGAAACGGCAAUGGCAAUGGCAAUGGCAAUGGUAAUGGCAAUGGCAACGGCAACGGAAAUGGCAAUGGCAACGGCAACGGAAAUGGCAACGGAAAUGGUAACGGAAAUGGCAACGGAAACGGUAACGGCCACCGUCGCCAGCUGGGCUCCUGCCCCGUUAGCGGCGUCAGCCUGGAUUGCGAUUGCGAGGCCACCACCGGCAUCUGCCAGGCCGCUGCACCCGAGUACGACAGCACCUACGGCUUCUACAUUGCCUCUCUCCAGCCCAUUGGCGUCGUGAAUGACCUGGCGCUGACCACGCGCUCCAACGCCAAGCCGGUGGCCAUCGACAAGAUUGUGUGCGCUGCUGUUGAGGCCGCAUCGAUUGUGAUUGACGGUGCCUGCGACAUGACUAAGGCCGAGGGCUUCACCGUUGGCGAGUGGGCCGGUGCCGGUGCGCUGGUGUAUGUGGGAGAGACCGCCAGCCUGCUGACCAUCCCCGCCGAGUUCGUGUGCCCUGCCAUCAAGAUGGUGUCUCAAGCCGCCAAGCUGGCUUGCUCUACCAUCGCGGAGCAGGCCGAAUUCCUUGAUGGUCUGGUGGACUCGUCCGAGAUCCAGGCCGCUUACCAGAACAGCAAGGUGAUCACCUACAACCAGGGCAAGAUUCAGGAGAAGGUCAUUGACACCACCACCGAGAUUUCCAACCAGCUCAACGAGACCCACAUUGAGAUUGAUGAGCGUAUCGACACCUCCACCACCGACGUUAAGAACACCGUCAUUGACAACAGCAACCACCUGGCCGCGCUGUUGGCCAACGGCACCAAGGCGAUCCUGGAUUCCAUCAACGCCACCGACGUGCGCAUUGAGACCGCCAUCGCCAACGAGCUGACCAACAUCACCACCACCCUCGCCAACGACGUGACCAUCCUGCUGGCCAAGCUGGACGCCGUGCUCGCCAGCAUCACGGCCCAGAUCACCACCCUCACCAACACCGUGAACGCGCGCUUCUGCGACCAACGCGAUCAGGCCGCACUCAUCCAGGAGGAGCUCAACUUCCACAGGCGCCUGAUGCUCACACCCGACGGCCAGCGCCCCGGCUGGAACAACCAGCCCACCAACAAGGGACCCGGCCCCUCGUGCAAGCCCCCCACCGCCUGCAGCGCCGCUGUGGCCACGCUGGUCGGCACCACCGAGCUCGCCACUUGGAACAACUGCAACGCUUGAAGCGGCGACUGACAGAUAGACCUACCUGCGUGUCUGGCCAUACCCGCCGGCGCAACACCAGGUUACAACGCGUUAACGGCUGCUUACAUGGGUUGUAUAUCAUAUUUUGAGUAUAUACAUCAGUAUAUACAAAAUGAACGUAGCAUAUAUAUUGCCGUGCUGAGCUACGGACAGCGCCUGCGCUCAGGCCUGCGCUUUGGACGUCGUUGGGAUCCGGGUUUGAGCGUGAAAUCGUGCCAGGCAGGAGCGUGCGUGUGCCUGGAUUUUGCUUCCCAUAUUGCUCGGAGGGACUCGGACGCGGCAAGGAAACAACCUUGAACACAUAGGCGGUUGGUGAAGCUGCCAUGAAAUAAGCAGGUGGAUAAAUGAGUUUGUUUGGUGCGGUCGUGUGUGUCCUGUGGUUCCUAUCCACCCUUAGUCCAUCGUCUCACACCAAGCACGCAUGAACCCCCCAUGCAUCCAUGGACCUAUCGUUGCACUUGUUGUUAUGCUCUUUACAGGGUAACGGGCCUAUGGUUGCGGAUGGACAUUCGGCAUGGCGGCCAUAAGCCAGCCUAUCUCGAAUGCAUUGUUUGGCUCUGCAGUAGUAGCGCAAAUCCAGGAGGCCAAACCAUCUACAUGUGCAGCUGCACAUAUCUGUGCACACUUCCUGCACCACACCCAUGCAUACGCAUCAGAAGUGCACGCGCUUGUAACCAAACCAAACGGAUAAGAGUGUCCCUCCGUGCAAUGAUGCCGUGCGGCUCCAUACAUGGCGAUGCCGGACAUCCCUGCCCAACAACAUAGUCAGGGGCCACGGCUUCGCCCCAAUGCAAAGAACAUGGAAGGCGGCGGGGAUGCGGGCGAAGCCGCCCUGGUGGCCUGCAUGGUGAGGGCCCAAGCGGUGGACACGGAGUGACACGGGCACAGCGACGAACAUGGGCACCGGGCACAGGUGCCAUUGACAACCGGACAACAGGACCAGCGUGGCCUUGGCGCUGCCGGUUUUUGCUUUUGUUGCUCAAGUUUCAUUGAAUACAACCCGUAGAUGCUCGCUGCUCGAGCUAGCUAUUGCGCGUGUUGCUAUUGCGUUUGGCCGAAGAUAGUUGUCACGCCUCCUAUCACAAAAACCUUGGCAUAUGCAGGUUAAAUUGAUGGCUACAGGUUCAUUAUUCGUAUCCUCAGCACGGAAGGCGCUGGAGGCGCAGGUGUUGAUCUUAAGCAGGAGUCCAA